AUGGCUCCUGCAAAUGACUCUUUUGCGACCAAAUUCAUUCUGUUGGGAUUAACAGACCAACCAGAUCUCCAACUCCCCCUAUUCUUUUUAUUUCUAGGAAUGUAUAUGGUCACUGUGCUGGGGAAUUUGGGCUUGAUAAUCUUAAUUUGGCUAAAUUCACACCUACACACCCCCAUGUACUUUUUCCUCUUUAACUUGUCCUUCAUAGAUCUCUGUUAUUCUUCUGUGUUUACACCCAAAAUGAUGAUUAACUUCAUAUUAAAGAAGAAUAUUAUUUCUUACAUGGGGUGCAUGACUCAGCUGUACUUUUUCUGUUUUUUUGUCAUUUCUGAAAUCUAUGUGCUGACAUCAAUGGCCUAUGACCGCUACGUGGCCAUCUGUAACCCACUCUUCCCACUGCUUUACAAUGUUAUCAUGUCCCAUAGGGUCUGUUCCAUAAUGAUGGGUGUAGUAUAUUCACUGGGCUUGUUUGGAGCCACAGUUCACACUACCCACAUGUCAAUGUUGUCCUUCUGUGGGUCUCAUGUUAUCAGUCAUUAUUUUUGUGAUAUUCUUCCCUUGUUGAGUCUCUCCUGCUCCAGCACCCAUGUUAAUGAGAUACUGUUGUUUAUUAUUGGAGGAGUUAAUACCUUGGCACCGACACUGGCUGUACUCAUCUCUUAUGCUUUCAUCUUCUCUAGUAUCCUCCAUAUUUACUCCAUCAAGGGAUGCUCCAAAGCCUUUGGCACUUGUAGCUCCCAUCUCAUGGCUGUGGUUAUCUUUUUCGGGUCUAUAACAUUCAUGUAUUUCAAGCCUCCUUUGAGCAAUACUAUGGAGCAGGAGAAAGUGUCCUCCAUAUUCUACACCACUGUGAUCCCCAUGCUGAACCCCUUGAUCUACAGUUUAAGGAACAAGGAUGUGAAGAAUGCACUGAGGAAGGUGCUUAGGGGAAAGUAG